GGUACUUCCAGACUUGUUGAACUGAUGAGGAGUCUGAUAUGAAAUACCCAGCUUCUUCAAAAACCACCACCACCACCACUACUCAUCCACAUUCACCCAGAUCUAUCUUCUCGGGACCCUUCACGAAAUCAAGCCCGAUUCGAGCUGCGUCUCGCCGUCGAAGAUGACCACCCCAUUCCUAUUUCCCUCACCAUCCAGUUCGCCAUCCAAUCAUACUGCUUCCGGUUCGAAUUCAUCCACUUCGACAUCCUCCUUAUUCUCCUCGAGCAGGACGGUGAAGCCUCCGCCGAUUUCGUGUACCCCGAGUCUCAGGAGGUCAUCCAACCAGACCCAGCCGAGCAUCUCGACGAUUCUGAACCCGGACGCGAACUCGAACUCGGCCGGACGACGACUGGAGCUCGAGGAGAGAUCGGACUGGGAUGCCCGGACUGGCAGGGCCGAUGGCCUAGCCAUGAGACUCAGCCGGAACUCCCCAGCACUGCCCUUCCUCCGCGAUGGUGGCCGAGACCGUUGGGGUAAUCGUUGGGGGAUCGAGAAUCACGUGUUAAGUCCGGUGAUUAGUGAGCUCACCGAACCAACCCACACCUCAGUCUCAUCCCCAAUCUCAACCGGCUCCAUCUCAACUCACUUGAGCCUAUCCUCCUCAACCUGCCCAUUCCAACCACAUGAACAAUUAGAACAACAACAACAGCAACAACAACAACAACAGCAACAAGUAUCUUCAAAUCCAAUGAUGCAUGGGGACUAUCCAAGAACCGAACACUCAAAUCAUCUUCAUCAGACCAACAGUCUCUCCCCAUCAAACCGAACUGCGACCUCCUAUUCGAUCACCUCCACUCGAUCACACCAAUCCCCAACUCGUCUGACUAAUCAUUCAGGAUCGACGAAUUACCAGUCAACUCGCUCCCGUGCCGACAGUCUACAAUCUCAAUCAAUCACCACCAAUCCUAGCCCAAACCAACCAUCGUUUGUCUCUGCAAAAGACCAUCAAGAUCCAUCACCCUCACCUAACAAUCAAUUCUCCAACUCCUCUCAGAUAUCCAAGGCUGACUCUCAUCAUCCUCAAUCUACAUCGAUCGAAAACCAUCCAGUCCAUACUCACCAUCAACAUGCUAUCAGCUUACUCAAACGUAAAAAAAUCAAAACCCACAUCUCCAAUCGUCAGCGAGAUCUAGACGUCGCUAAUCGACAGAUCACUAAGAGAAUCGAAAAAGAAAAAAGAGAUCAAUUGAUCAGAUCAAGAGACGAAAUAGUCUCACAACUGAUGGAAAAUCCGAACGAUGCUAAACUCGUCAGAGAUCUUGGGAAGCUUUAUCUGAGAUUCAAUGAACCCGAUCAGAAUGAUACUAGGCAAGGCAACGUUUCUCGCAGGAUCGGAAAUAGUCGCGCGUCUCCUAGAAGCGAACCCAGCUUGAAAUUGGCGAUUCACUACCUAGAACAAAGUAUUCAGAUAGAUACCCGAGAUCCACUCACAUGGCUCUUUUUAGGAAGAGCAUGGUCAUUAUUGCUGGUAUAUCCGACCGAAAACGAAAACGAACGAGAACAAAGACUAUCAAAUUCCUCUCUAGCCUUCAGAAAGGCGAUCCACAUUUCAUCCAAUCUGACCGGUUCAAAUCUUCAAAACAUUCGACAGACCAAUCGAUUCAGACUAGCCUACGCCGAACACUUGGAAGGACUAAAUAAGUAUCAAGAGGCGGCAAGCGUUCUGCAGGAUGCAUUAGGAAUCGAUGAAACUGACGUAGAAUGUUGGUGGGAGUUAGGUCGGAUGAUGGAACUGUGGGCUCUAGAUCAAGAAGCACAGUCUCCCACCACCAAACUAGAAAGAGUCGAGAGAAUGAGACGUGCUUGCGAGGCUUUCAAGAAAGCCACUGAACUUGAACCAGAAGACAUGAUACUCCGUCAAGGCAAUCUAGAUGGAGAAAAGGCUUUAGUGAAGUUGACAACUGAAUUGCAGGCGGAAGAGGAAUUCCGGGCAAAGUCUUUGAAAGCGGAGGAAGAGAUCAGACUAGCUGCUGAUAGAAUGAGAGGCUUGAAUCUCUCUCCAGUUGGUACCAACAAAGCAACAGAGCUCAUGCCGGUCAAGUCUCAACCACCCACAACCAACCUCUCGUCCGUUUCGGCGCUCAAGAAAUUGGUUUCGGAUCUGAGAGAAAUCCCAGAAUUCGGCCAAAAGGCACGGCCCCCUCGGCCCGUUGUUGAGGAUAAUAAGCAAUCGAUCGAAGAGCCAGUGGUCAAGACUGAAGAUCAGAUUUGUACAACUCAGGUCGAAUCAGUUAUUUCAAGUUCUCCCGCACCCUCUUCCGGUGCUAAUCACACUCGAGCGCCGACCGGGGAAAUCGAUGGGUCAUCUCUCACCCGGAAUACUCCCUUACCUCAUGUGAUACAAGAAAACUUAGAAGCACCAGAGCCAUCUCAUUUAUUGCCACCGAUUUCUAAGACCCUCCAGCCCAAGAAUCCGGCGCGAUAUUUAAAUCAAACAGGCUCGACCAGCGUUGACUCAUCGCCCCAGGAGGACUUGUCUCCACCAAGUACCCAAUCACAAGACGAUGCAAAGAUGAUGUUGAUGAAUUUGAGGACUGGAUCGAUCGAGCCUCCUCUCGAAUUAUUAGAUCAUCAAGACGAACAGCCAUCGAUGACUCAAGUGAUAACUAACCAAAGUCAUGAUUCCCAGCUUUAUUCAUAUCAACCGCCCUCCCCAAGUGCCCUGCCCACGUCGAUGAUGCAAUCCUUGUCGGCUCGUCUCGGUACACCCAAGGCACAUCUGAUCUCCUCGCCCAAAAGCAGUGUCAGCAGCAACUCAAGAUCUUGUAGUAAUGGUAGUCAAAAGGCGCGAGAAUGGCAUCAGCGUAAGAUGAACUCACAACACGAUCCCGUCGAGCCAGGCUUGAUCACCAAUCAGCCACCUUCUACUACCUCUCAUUCGCCCGCCCCUCCUUGUCAAUCUCCUGCUCAUGAUCGUCCACGAUCUCUUAAGGCUCAGCUUACUGAGAUCAUCAGAAGCAGCCCGGUAAACUUUCGUGACACUGAUUCAAAUCAUCAAUCUCAGCAAGCUCCUUCAAUAUCUGCUUCAAGCGAGACUCAUCAUUCACCAUCCGGUGGGGAUCACAGUCUCUCCUGUGACCAACCUGAAAAUCAACUACCAAACGGAGAAUAUCAUCAAUCAGAGGACCGCAGCUCUCACUCGCCCUCUUCUCAUCCUCAUCAUCAUCACUCGCCUCAUUCUCAGACCCAUUUCCAUCACCACCAACCCCAUGUAUCUGUUCUCAAAAAACCGACGAUUGGUAACAGCAACGGCAUAUUUUCGCCAUUAAGUAAGGAACUAACAGUCGAUCUCGACCCGCCGAGAAGCUCGCCCCCGCCACCAGAUAUACCUCCUCGACCAGCCAGUCUUUGCAUCCAGAGCACUAGACCUCCUUCGCUCCCUCAUCCUCAUCAUCCUUCUUCAUCAAUCUUGUAUAACAAAGAUCAACAAUACAACUCUCACUUUAUUGAUCAUAAUCCACAUCAUUCAUUCCCUGCUCCUCCUCGUCAAAAUGGGACAAUGGAUGUUAAUCAGUCCAUUAACGGGCAUCACCAAUCCGUUGUUGGGUCGAUACCUCAAGAAAAUCAUCAUAUCCGACGUCCGAACACUUCUUGCUUAUCUCCCCGAUCUCCCGUCCGACAAUCCGCAACCCCAAGAUAUACACAUUCCCCAACUACUACUAGUACCACUAAGUCUAGUAAUUGUAGACUUUCAUCUCCUCCUUCACUUGCUCAUCAAGCUGCUUUUAUCCAAGGUGAUCAGUCUACUAUGGCCUGCAAUUAUGCUUUGAUCGAUGCUCAUCUACAAUCGAUUUUAGAGAUUGAUUUAAAACGAAAACAAGAGUUGAAGGAGAUCAAGAGACAGAUCCGAAAGACGGAUGAAUGGGCAGAAAGCCGACGACGAACAGUGAUAGAAGAGAUCCGACGAGUUUGUACGCCGGUGAGCAGUGGUAGUGUCUCGGUCCAUCCACAUACACCUCAUCAAAGUGGAAGUAGUCACAGUCGGAGUCUCAGUCGUGGCCAGCCAACCGAGGCGAUCAUGAGUCCUAAGCCGGUCGAUAAGCAGCGGCUCAAUGAGUGCCAGACAAAGCAGAAUGGGAUGGAUGAUUCUCCUCGUCUCAAACGGACUCCUGAGUAUCCUGUCAAUCUGGGCGAGUCUGUGGGUAGGAGGAAGGCCGUUCCAAGGACUCCAGUCGUUGCUCCAGUGCUCCAUCCCACCAAGAGAAGUUCAUCCACUCCUCCUGAAUCCAGUCACCCUCUUCAUCAUCAGCAUCGUCUAGGUAAUCAGAAUCAGAUGAAUCCCAAGCUACAAGCAGCCGUUUAUUCGGAUCCUUCGACGACACUCGGUAACUUCCGUCGAGAACAUGUCGCGCCAAACCGCGCCCUUCAUUCCGCUUCCGUCCUUCCUUCUCAUCAUCAUCCUUCACCACCACCACCACAAGGCCAUUAUCGUCAACAACGUAACUCUUAUCAUCCUCUGAGCCCUCAUCCAUCCCAACCUAAUAAAAAUAAUUACCCUCUGUCUCAUAAUCUUGAUGGGCAACAUCAACAACCGAUCGUGGCUGAUCAGCUGUCGACGGAGUUCGACAAACUUGGGCCCGCUGGAUUCGCUAUUAAUGGGAUUACGUCCAUUAUUCAGUUGUUGCAUCAACAACAUCAACAACAGCAACAUCAACCAUAAGAGACCUCAUUCUUGCUCAAUUUCUUAUACAUUUAUUUGCAUAUUUCGCUUUGAUCCUAACGUACUUGCACAUGUAAUCGAACACUACUUGCUCAGUUUGAUGUGAUAAACCCAUCUCUGAUCGUCGUCUUGAAUAUCAUCUUAAGUUUUCACACUCAUGUUCUCAAGUUUUCAAGUUUUUGUUGUUGUUCUCUUGGGGGAGUUAGUUGAUUGAUGUGAGGAAGCAUUAUCAGCUCCUUGUUCUGCUUGAGUUAUCUAGUGAGAUGUAUGUAUGUAUCUAGACGUUUCUUGAUUAAUGAAAUGAAGUUUUGUAGUUGAAUAGAUAA